AUAAACGGUACAAACUUGUUAAGUUCUAGUUUCAUGAAGCCGCGACUUAUUGAAGUUUAAAAGAAGACAACUGACUGUGGCUUUUACGGUUUUCAAUAGUUUCAUACUAUUAUAAUAGUACUCUCAAGUUAUGGAUCCAAAUCAGUAUUUGUGCAGAAACGGUAUGCAGCACCCAUCAAUUACGUCGACAAUAUCACCAUCACCUUUGAAUAAAGUUAAUAAUACUAUCAACAUGGGACAGGAACACAGUUUAUGUAGCUCGAACCACUCACAAAUGGGUUUCAGUUUAAAGGAGUUACUUCCACGUAAUGGAAAUACUAAACCUGUCGACGUAAAUCGAAGCUUAAAUUCCGCUUACAGCGUUUCGCCGUGCAGUAAUAGCAGCAUUUGCACAAAUAACACCAGCACUUGCGGAAACUUUAUCAAUUUGAUGUCGGUUCCAUUGGGAACCUUGCAAUAUAAUCGAAAAAAAUUGUCAUCUCAUGAGUACCAAUCGCGUCUGUAUUACAAUACGACGGAUGGAAAAUGUCGAGAUGACUACUAUUUAGGUAAUAGUUCUGUGCAAAUUAAUACUAGAAGCUUAACACCGCCUACACAAUUACAAGCUCCAACGCAAGAACAUUAUCAUCAGCUGCAGAAUUCCCAGCAACACCAUUUUCAGCAGACUCUUCCUCAUAAUCACCACCAGCUUAGUCAUAUUCCUCAGAAUACUCAACAUUUUUGUAGCUCCAGCUCAGUAAUGCACCCAAUUGAUGAUUCAAUCAACUGCGAAGGUUUUUCAAAUAUUACUGGGCGUGUUGUGGCUGCCACACAAACACAACAAAGUAAUAUCAACACGGAAUGCGACCAAAUGUUACCGCAAUCACCAGAACCUAUAGGACCUGUUAAUAUACCUGCUCCGCCAUUGAUGUACACUGUUCAUCGAGUUGUGACUACAGCUCAGAUUCAAACUGCAGUUGGAAGUACAUUCGCAUCUUCUGCAAGCGUUUCAAGUGUUCUAAACGCCGGUAGAAAUGAGAAUGAUUGCUUAUCAUCAGGACAAGUUACAUCUGCAAUCUCUAUACCAGGAAACGGUCUUUCGGAUAUAAGUAAUAAUGUUAUUAACAAUAACAAUGUUAUUGACACAUUAGUAGGAGUUCGGAGUUCCACUGGUAUCUUGGCAAACACAUCCUUUUUACAGAAACGUAACAAUGGUGAUAUCCACCAAAAUUCUGUGACAUCAAACAGAAUUUUUGUGGCUAACGCAUCAACUAGCGCUAAUUCUGGAAAAAUUUCUUCAUUGAUGGCUCGUACUAUGCAAAAUGUAAUACCGACCUGUGUAUAUUUGAUGUCACGCGUUGCUGUUCAUAUGGAAAUAGAAGGGACAGCACAGUGCCCUUCUCAGGUGAUGUUGGCUGCAGCUCUGGGGUGUGAGGAGCUUGGAAUUUCAAAUAAAUUGUUAGCACAAAGUAUAUUUGGCCUAUGGAUGACCAGCACGCUGCUAGAAAUGCAACUUAAGGCUCAUCACUGCCCUUAUGCUGUACGAGUUGUUUGGAAGGAUUUGAUAGAAAAAUUUAGUUGUGGUAAUCCAAUCGAUCGAAAAUAUGAUGAGCCUAUGAUUGUACUUAAACGAAAUGUAUUUUUUUCGAAGAGAGAUGAAGAAAAAAUUAAAGACCAUCGUAUUUUGGAGCUUCUGUAUGAGGAAGCGAAAAAUAAUGUAUUGAUUGGAAGAUAUAUCAUGGAGCCAGUCCAUGCAUUAAUGCUAGGCGGUAUACAGGCUCGAAUUGAACUUGGUCCAUAUAACUCCCAUACUCACACCAUUGGAUUUUUUCGAGAACAUCAAUCGCGAUUUUUACCAUCGCAUGUUGCAAAAAGCUCUAAUUGGUUAUGGUUACCCGUAAGUCGUAAAAACUCUGCCGAAGUAAAACUUUUGGAACAAUUUAAGCGGGUGCCACAUACAGCAACAACCCGAAAGCUAAUAAGGAAAUAUUUAGAAUUUUGCUGGGCUCUGCCAUUUUAUGGAGCUGCAUAUUUCCAUGGACAACUGGAACAACCCAUAAGUGGUAUUAUGAGUUUAGUCAAUCAUAAAGACAUAGAUAUACUAAUUGCUAUAAAUGAAAGAGGAGUCUUUAUAAUUGACCUGUAUGAAUAUACACUAUUGUUGGGGCUUCGGUACGAGGAUUUAUCUUGGGACUACGCAAAGCCAAGUGCUGGUGAUGAUUCCGAAUGCCUAACUUGUAUAUUUAUUCAGUUCGACGCCAUUGAAAAUGGAAUCCAGAUAUCGAAGUUGGUCCAAAUAUUCUCUAAGCAAGCCGCUAUGAUUGAUGCACUUAUUUCUCACUUCACUGAUCAGAUAAACAAAAGGAAUCUGGAUGAAAAUUCUCAAGAGCAGUUUCAUGAUGAACCAAAUCCAAUUCAAAGCAAUGGUAAUGGAGUAUUAUGUAACAAGUUGUCUAGAUUGACCCUAGCCACAUUUGAUGAAGAAGGACGUUGCAUUGGACAAAUGGGAUCGUUAUCUAUAAGUUAUUAACAUGGAUUUAUCUACUUUUCAUUCUUUAUUAAACUUGGGAGUAUUUUAAUAAAGUCCGUAUAUAAUCUCCUACACAAA